UGCAGGGUGCAUCCUGUGCCUCUGCCUGGAAGUGGGCGGUUUCUGUUAUUGAAGGAAAACAUUUGCUGAAAGUAAGUCAGAGAGCGAGAGAAAGUAAAACUGUCUCUGUUCCCAGUGUCACUGAGUAUAACUACUUGCUGUGCAGUUGUUGAUGUUAUUGAGGUAAUAUUAAGCCUACUGCAUCUUGCCAGCGUGGACACUGCAGUUGUUGUUUACUGUAAGCUGUCUCGACACAGUAGGCCAAGACAGAGCCUGUCUGAGCUACUUGGAAUUUCACAAUUUGGCGUAUUACACCAAAAAAAACUCAGAGAAAUAUGGACACAAAGAGAAUGAUAUUCUGUCUGCUUUUGGCAGCUAUUAUCAGCCCUGUGUUUACUGAAGAAUGGAGGGCCGAUGUUGUAAAAGAACUUGACGCCCUGGUCACAUCCUGUGUUGUGGUACCCUGUUCAUUCACCCAUCCUAAAGAGAACCUGUCCACCUCCAGACUCAGAGGGAUCUGGCAUCGUUCAACUGAUAGAGACCAACGCAUCUACUACGAGGAUAGCACGCAGGUCUUGGAAAACUUUAGAGGCCACACAAAGUUGUUGGGACAUCUGGGUCAGAACAACUGCUCUUUAGAAAUGACUAACAUUAAAGAUCAUGACAACGGCCCUUUCUGUUUCCGGAUCGAACUAGCACGAACAGAGACUGAUACAUCCACCGUUGACAAGUUCUCCUUUGUGGAGAGUUGCGUCACAUUCAGAAUGCUCCCUGAUCCUCCGAAUCCUACACUGAGUCACCAAAAGACGGCCAUUCAAGAUCGUCCCUACACUAUCACCUGUUCAGUCCGCCAUACCUGCCCCUCCCAUGUGCCUAAACUCACAUGGAGUAGAGGCACAGCAGAUGAGGUAAUAGAGGACCACAAGGAAAUGGGUUUGGGCUACUGGGAGGCCCAGUCCAUCCUGACCAUCAUUCCUGAGGAGAAGGAUGAUCACAGUGACGUCACCUGUACAGCUCAAUUUAAUGGACAGAAGACAUCAUCUACAACAUUGACACUUUAUGUAAAACGUACAAAAAACUAUAACCACAUCAUCAUUCCCACGGUGGCAGCGUUUGGUACAGCUGUGAUCUUUGCAGUCUUCUUCUUUUUCAUGGUGAAAAGAUACAAACUGUCUCGCAGUUCAUGUCUUAUUGAACUGAAUUCCAGGCUAGCAGAUACAGCUGUGAUCCGCCAUAUAGCAGCAAAAUCAGCUCAGAGAAGUAUGGACAAAGACAGCAAGAUGAUGAUAUUAUGUCUGGUCCUGGCAGCUAUUAUCAGCCCUGUGUUUACUGAAGAAUGGAGGGCCGAUGUUGUAAAGAAACUUGACGCCCUGGUCACAUCCUGUGUUGUGGUACCCUGUUCAUUCACCCAUCCUAAAGAGAACUUGCCCACCUCCAGACUCAGAGGGAUCUGGCAUCGUUCAACUGAUAGAGACCAACGCAUCUAUUACGAGGAUAGAACGCAGGUCUUGGAAAACUUUAGGGGCCGCACAAAGUUGUUAGGGCAGCUAGGUCAGGACAACUGCUCUUUAGAAAUUACUAACAUUAAAGAUCAUGACAACGGCCCUUUCUGUUUCCGGAUCGAACUAGCACGAACAGAGACUGAUACAUCCACCGUUGACAAGUUCUCCUUUGUGGAGAGUUGCGUCACGUUCACAAUGCUCCCUGAUCCUCCGAAUCCUACACUGAGUCACCAAAAGACGGCCAUUCAAGAUCGUCCCUACACUAUCACCUGUUCAGUCCGCCAUACCUGCCCCUCCCAUGUGCCUAAACUCACAUGGAGUAGAGGCACAGCAGAUGAGGUAAUAGAGGACCACAAGGAAAUGGGUUUGGGCUACUGGGAGGCCCAGUCCAUCCUGACCAUCAUUCCUGAGGAGAAGGAUGAUCACAGUGACGUCACCUGUACAGCUCAAUUUAAUGGACAGAAGACAUCAUCUACAACAUUGACACUUUAUGUAAAACGUACAGAAAACUAUAACCACAUCAUCAUUCCCACGGUGGCAGCGUUUGGCACAGCUGUGAUCUUUGCAGUCUUCUGCAUUUUCAUGGUGAAAAGAUACAAGAAACGCAUAGCAGAGCUCCAAAAUCAAGAAGGCAGUGUGUGGAACCGCCUCUCCAGACUGUCUCGCAGGGGGAGAAUCUAAAGGUGAGAAUUGAAAAAAGGAACUUCACUUAAAUAUGUGAAACCACCCAGUUUGCUUUAUUUGUUGUGAUGUCCUCACAGUUGAACCAUUUAAAAAAUAUAUUUAAAACUCAGUUUCAGCAGAUACAGAGCAACAUUACUGUCCCAUGUCUUUUGCACACAAUUCAGAACUGGUAUUUCAUAUGAUAUGUAUCUGGUAUUAAUAAGUGUUUUCUUAUUAUUCAUCUGUCUCUAUUUUGCCCACAUUGUGAUUGAAUCUUAAACAAUUUGGUAACAAACAUGGCAUGUCUUUUGGUCGAAGCAAACAAGUUUUAUUCUUCUGUUACCGGGGGAGGGCCUGUCUCACUGUAAAUCCAAAUUUAGUUGUAAUUAAACUUUUUAGUGCUCACUACUUAUUCUUUCAUGUUUUGUUAAAACACAUUCAUUACGUAAUCACAUUUGUUGUUUGUAAUAAUCAGCUUAAGUAUGCUAUGCACAGAUCAUAUUAAGCAGAGAUAACUAAGGAUGUUAAGUUUCUGUAUGUGAGGGGCGGGGUCAUUUGAACUGUUCUGCGCUGAAGCAAUGCAAAAGGCUCAUAGGAAAAAAUGUAUGUUCUGAACGGUUUCUGUCCUAGUUAAAAUGUGUUUUAAUAAUGUUCUGUUAAUGUUGGGUGUGCAUUUAUGUUACCUGGGUUUUAGUUUUGUAUGGUUGAUUUAGUGUUCAUGUUUAUCUACAUUUAUUGCUGUAUCAUGACAGAGACCCGGGUAGGGAGUGAUGGCAUUUCGUGGUCAAUGUUACAUUUACAUAUGGAGAUUAGUAACUCUGUCUACCAAGUGAACCUUUCCGUGCAGGUCAAUCAUUGUAAAAUUACAAUGUUAUUUGUGUAUUGUUAACCUAUCUGAUUUUUUUGCAUCAAAUGUGUUGAGUACAUUGUUCUUAAAAUCAUACUGUCAUAGAGGG